UUCCGCAUGGAAAGUGACUUCGUGUUUGCAAGAAGCAUAACAAAGAAUGCGGUGACAUCUGACCUAAAAAUAUCGAUCGAGGCAUUUUAGUGGACGGAUAAAAUAUCUUGGUUGUGAAUGUGCAAAACAAACCCAUGGAACGAUGUAUCGUAUGUGUGAUUAGAUGAUACAUUCCAAAGGAUUCCACACCUGUUUUGACACUAAUUUUCAUCGCCAUUGAUCUGUCAGUUGGAACUGAAGUGUCGAAGGAGACUGGAUAUAUAUUUAUUGUAUGGGUGCAUGCGCACAUGUGACGUGAUGAAUCCCUUUUCUCCACAGUAGCAAGAUUCGAUAUAGACAUGUACUUAUCUGAUCACAUAACAAAAAGAAGCACUUGAAUGUCACUUAAACUGAAGAAACCUUGCUUUACUAGUCGUCCUGCUAGUCACACCUCUUGAAGAUAAGGCAUUACUCGCUCGUGAUAAUGGAUCCAUGUGCAGUUGUUCAGAAGAAACUUGCCUCUGAUGAAAAAUGUUUGAUUUGCACAGAGACUUCCUUGCUGUUGGACUAUGGGAAAUCUCCCAGAUACCUGGCUGUGGUGGAGAAACAAGAUGAUCAUGUGAUAUUUUUAUUCACGACAAGUCGGGUUCCUGUUCUGAGUCCUGGGGAUCUAACUGUUGAUCAAGUUCUACCCGUCGACUCAGACCUUGGCUGUUUUUUAGAUUCUUCAAAUACUGCCAAAUCCAGUGACCAUCCUCAAGCAUUUCAAUUACGGUUAAAAUCCAACCAACACAACCUGCUUCUGGAGUUGCCUCAACAACAAUCAACAAGAGAUCUCCUCGGGGAAAUAAAGAGUGCAAAGGACUUGUACACCCAGAAUGCAGGAUUCGGUUCUCCACCGACCUUCAGCUGGCUGAGCAAGUAUUGCAGUCGGAGCAGUGGAACAACUAACCCUUUCCAAGAUGACGUGUUUGACCCUCUGGCACACAUGAAUCUCACCAGCAAUGGUGUAGGACAGACAGUGAAUGUUGCAACUGCUGAAAAACAAGGUUUUGACGACGACUUCAGCAACAUGCUGACUCUGAAUGCUUCCAAUCUGGCCAUCAGCCAGAGCAGGGAGUCGCUUGACAUGCUGGACCGGGACGAGGAUGAGCCUGAUACGGUCUACAACAUUCAGAAGCAGCUGGGGAUCGGCUACGGCCUGGAUCUGCCGGUCGGACAGAAAUCUGUGACAACCAGGGAGGUGUUCGUGAAGCGCUACAUGGCACAGAGAGAGGUGGAGUUCACCAAUAUAGAGAAACUGAGGGUGUUUUGUGGCACGUGGAAUGUAAACGGACAGUCCCCAAAGGAGUCCCUCAAGGAAUGGCUGGCGAUGGAUGACGAACCUCCGGAUAUAUAUGCUAUAGGAUUUCAGGAACUAGAUCUGAGUAAGGAGGCAUUUAUAUUCACGGACUCUGCGAGGGAAGCAGAAUGGCAAAAAGCUGUGAAGAACUAUCUCCACCCUAAGGCAAGGUAUCGGAAAGUGAAGUCGUGUCGACUUGUUGGGAUAUUGCUGAUCAUCUAUAUACAGGAGAAACACAAGCCAAACUUACACUUCCUAGAUUCAGACCAGGUUGCCACGGGGAUCAUGGGAAUCAUGGGUAACAAGGGAGGCGUCGGUAUACGUAUGAGUGUCCAUAACACAUCCUUCUGUUUCAUCAACUCACAUUUAGCCGCACACCAGGAAGAGUUUGAGAGGAGGAAUCAGGAUUAUCGAGACAUUGACUCCAAGAUGAAAUUCAAGCAAUUUUCACCACCAUUAACAAUUAAAGAACAUGACAUCACCUUCUGGAUAGGAGAUCUGAACUACCGUAUCCAUGGCAUGCCCAUUGACGAAGUCAAGUACAAUAUCAGCAACGCCCUCUUUGGUAAACUGCUCCCACAUGACCAGCUGUACAUGCAACUGGGCAAGUCGGAUGUGUUCAGUGGCUAUUCAGAAGGGGCCAUUCAUUUCACGCCAACGUACAAAUAUGACACUGGAACAGACAAUUUUGACACAAGUGAGAAGAGUCGCAUCCCAGCGUGGUGUGACAGAAUACUGUGGAAGGGGAAUGGGGUUCGACAGAUACGGUACGACUCCCACCAGCAGCUCCGAUUCAGUGACCACAAGCCAGUCAGCGCUCUCUUUGAUGCUGGGAUCCGGGUGAUCGAUGUGGAGAAGUCCAAGAAGGUGUAUGAGGAUGUGAUGAAGAAGCUGGACAGGAUUGAGAAUGAGUACCUGCCUCAGGUCAAGCUGGACAACACAGAGUUCGUCUUUGAAGAUGUCAAGUUCAAUGAGCCACAGAAGAGGGUUCUAACUGUGGCUAACAUUGGUCAGGUGCCUGUGGAGUAUGAGUUCAUCAACAAGUUGGAUGACAUCAGCUUCUGCAAGUCCUGGCUCAAUGUUACACCUUGUAAAGACAGUAUCCUGCCUGGGGACUGCUGUGACAUCUCACUGAUGGUGUUUGUGGACAAGGACACUGCCGGUGAUCUCAAUUCCAAGGCUGAGAUGAUGGAGGAUAUACUAGUGCUUCACCUGACUGGUGGCAAAGAUUUCUUUAUUCCUGUCAGUGGAAAGUACGUCUCCAGUAGUUUUGGAACACCAAUCGAGACACUUGUCCAGAUGCAUGGACCAAUCAGAGAAGUGGCAGUCGGAGACCUCAUCUCAUUUGGUUCUCCAAAUGCAAACACGUCUGCUCUCGGCUCCGAUCAACCAUACAUCUGUCCAAAAGAAAUAGCUCGUCUUGUGAAUCACCUCUUCAAAUAUGGCAAAGCACAGGAGGAUUUGUUUCUGCAACCAGGCAAUCAGGGAGAAAUACAGCAGAUACGAGAUGCACUGGACACCGGCAACCCUGAUCUCAUUCCUGGCAGUGUCCACUCCGUGGCCGAGGCGAUGCUGUUGUUCCUUGAGUCCCUCCCCCAGCCGGUCAUCCCCUUCGCCCAAUAUCAGACCUGCCUGGACUGCUCCAAUAACUUCAUGCUCAGCAAACAGGCACUACAAAAGAUUCCUCUGAGUCACAGAAACGUCUUCAAGUACCUGUGUGCUUUCCUUAGAGAACUACUUAAACACAGCGAGAACAACAAUCUAGAAGCCAAAUUCCUUGCAUCCUUGUUCGGCAAUGUGUUCCUGAGGUCAAGGCCAGGCAAGGAGGACAGGUCACCUUCAUCCCGCAGAGAACAGGCACGGAUCGAAGAGGCAAAGAAGGCUGCAUUUGUGUAUCAUUUUCUCACCAAUGAAUAUGACGAAUGAAUGCCAUUCUGAUCAGAAAUGGUCUCACUGUUACCAAACACUGACAAGAUGCUCCUUCCUUUGAAACCAACAGAUUUUGACUGUGGAGAAUGUACAAGCCCUCGAAGACGGUGGUGCACAAAAUCAUGGCACUCCAGCCAAGCAGUUAGUUACACAGCCCACGCAACGGUCACUUGAAUUUACCAUCCCUUGCAUGAACGAGAAUGUCUGGAAAAGUUUUCCUAAAGACAUGAGUUACAUUCAAACAGAGAACAGCUAGGAGAGAUUGUAACAAGUACUUAUUGUUGAAUGUAUUGUUAAGAAUUUGUUUACUGGUGCAAGAUCAGAUUUGCUGCAUUUUUAUCUAUGGUUUAUGUGUUUUUUGCAUAUUCUGAUAGGAAUAUAUAUUGUCAACACACCAUAAUCUUAAUAUGUUUUUGCAACAACAAAGCCUGUUUCAUGUAACAGUUCAAACACUCACAAUUGUCCACCGAUGUUUGUUCAUAAAUUCACAGUUUGUAUGAACACAUGAUAAGCCCAACAUUCUCCAUGUUUUCUCACAUUGGCAAGCAUGAGCAAAGUUUCAUGUGUCUUGAGUAAGGCCUUUAAUAGACUUGGUCCCGGCUGUACAUGUGUAGCAUCACCUUUAUGAUGUUUUCUGAUGAAUCUAUUUUAGUUGUCUGCAUGAUUGGAUUUCUCUUUUCCUGUAGCACCUGAUUUCUGUACUCAGGGUAGAUUACGUUUUGGAGAGAUUUGUCCUAUAUCUUAUUGCACUCCAGUAAAAUAAAAACAUGGGAAAUCUGUUCUUGCACCUUUAAUAAAAUACAAAAUAGCCACAUUUUUCACACACAAAUGUUUCUUCUUUAUGCCUUUUGUAAUCGUCUGACUCUUUUAUAGUAUAGCCUAAAAUAUUGUCGUUGUCAUUUUGGCACUUAACAUUUAAUAAUAACAUUAUCUUUUGACUGAUUGUACCCGAUAUUCAAAACUUAUGUUAGUUUAUCAGUAGAACAUGAACUUCAGUUUUUUCUUUUUUUUAAUUAUAUUUGUCUUUGUAAAUUAGAAAAAAACUUAAUUAAGUGGAUACAAGUGAUUUCUAUCUCUAACUAAAAACAGAUAACACUCUGAACAUUUUCAGUGUUACAGGAAAAACUUGCUUUAGAAUUAUAAUCAUGAUUUCUCUAAUAUUUUAUUUUGGACAGAAAUAAGCAUGAAAUAUUUGCAGGAAUUUGCUAUGUUUAUUCUAUUUCACCAACACAUCACCCUGUGGCAGGCCAAAACCAUACUGAUUUAGUUAACAUUAAGUUGCUCUGAAGGAGCAAGGUUAGUGUUGAGCGCUCGGAACCCGAGGUGAACAAAGAAAAUAUAAUGUGGCUUGUGUAUUCAGUGAAGUUUGUGUGUGAAUGUCAAUUUCUGUGAUAUCAUAAAUGUGCAUAAUGCAAGUAAAAAUGUUAGUCUAACGUGACCGGGUGGUCAGACUCGAUCACUUGGUUGAUGCAUGCCAUCGUAUCCUAAUUGCGUGGAUCAAUGCUCAUGACGUCAAUCACUGGAUUGUCUGGCCCAGACUCGAUUAUUGCCAGACUGCUGUCCUAUAGCUGGAAUAUUGCUUAGUGGACAUUAAACAACAAACAAACAAAACAAAACAAUGUGAAAUUAUGCUUCAUGUAUUUGGCCUUUUAAAAUUUGAGGAAAACAAAACUAAAAACAUAUUAUAGAGGCCCUGAAGCCAGGCAUAAAUAGUCAAUGGAUUGUUUUCUUGUUGAAUAGGUUUUACAUUCCAAGGUAAGGAAGCCAUUCUUCAGUGGUGAUUUCAUUUGCCCUAAUGCCACUGCUUUGUAAAACAAUGCCAUUUUUGUCCUAAAAAAGCAAACAUUAUUUAAUGUUGUGGUGGCCCUAAAAUUGAACUUUUUUUAUCUCUAAAUAAGAACAAGUGGUUUUCAUGCGUAGUUUCCAUGACAACAAUUGUAUACAGUCAAGUCUUUGACAGGCAUUUAGAAGUUGGUAGAACAUGAAGACAUUAAUUUUUUUAUGGCUAACAACCUCUUUAAUGUGUUAUAAAGAAUAAAGAAGUUGCUAUAUAUAAAAUGUUUAAUGUCAACAUUUGUAUAGGUGGCUUUUAAAUGUUUUUUAUUGUAAAUACUUCAGCAUUGUGAUAAUAGAGAGACAUUCAUUCAGAGAGACAGACUUAAAUAAAAAUGGCAAUGUUUUCUUCAAGAUCUUGUGAUUAUACAGGUAUUUUGUUCUUGUUCACUUGAUAUUGUCAUAAGCUGUCCCUUUGAAGCCAUUCCACCAAAACAAUAUGUAGAGAUGCAUAAUAGUAACAUUCACUUACAGCAAAAGAGCAAGAAUUGAGAUAAGAAGGGGAAGAUAUUCUCCUAUUGAGAUAAAACAGCUUCUUUGCCAUUAGUAUGAGACUUGAAUCCUGUGUAUAGGUUUUUUUAGGUAAGUCAUAAAAAUGGCCACACACAGAAACAGCAAAUCAGUUACGUCAGUAAAUUAUUUGCUUUAGCUAAAAAAUAUUCUUUGUAGAAAGAAUGUAAUAUGUUUGCUAAUCUCACCACUCAAGAUUUAAUUUGUAAAUGAAGGUGAGCUUCUGUACCGCUGUUGCUUUUACCAAUGGUUGUCAUUAAUAGGUCCUUCUUUGGAGAUCACUGCAACUUGGCCUACCAAUAAAUAUCAAUGAACAUGUUAACAUCGAUGAGCAAUGCAGUACAUGUACUUAACUUGUUAACUGACUGUAUUUGACCAGUUUUGUUUCUCACAGUUAUUUGUUAUUUGGAAUAUAGAUCUGCUAUGGUAUUUGAGGUGCAAAUGACUUGCUGCUAAACUGUGUUUAUGAAUCCUUGUUGCUGCUCAGCCAACCGAGUGAACUUUAACAUCCAUUGUUUGAUAUUUAUCGAGAAUUUGUGUAGGUUACCAGUGCCAUGUGUGAAGCUUGUAGAAUAUCUUGGUAAUAAGAGCAUCCACGUUUAUUUCAACUCAGUCAUUGACCAUACCAAUUGUUUCCUGUGGCCGAUGACAUUGGCCUUCAGUUUACAACAAAACAAUUUGAAUGUGUUUAGAAAUGAUUAAUCUCAUCUUUUGUUCGUAUUGUGAAUUCUUGUGUUUUCAAAAUGAAUCUUAAGGAAAUUACAAAAAAAGCCUAAAAGGGGUUAAUUCAGAGCUGAUCAGCAGCUGAUAUUCAGCCCCGAAUGUCAGUCAAAAUUCCCAAAUUGUGAUUAAAAAAUUUCCAAUUCACAUUAAUAUAGGUAUAUGUGUUACAGCUUUAUAGAGGUGACUUGUACAUCACUGAUAAUAGGAUCUAAAAGUGGAAGAGGUUUAGUUUAACAUUAUUGCACUGAAUGUAAUGUAAAAAUACCUCCGAAUGUUGGUUAUAUAAGAACUUAACAAAAUCACAAUUUUGAACCAAAUAAUGAUUUCAUCACAAUUUGCCUUCCAGGGUCACUUAAUUUAGAAUCCUUCAUAAAUCCAUGCCUAACUCUUACAACAUUUUUGUUCUCUUGCCUUCCUCAUCUUGGAUUGGCUUGGACAAUCUGUACAACAACAGUUACAAAAAGUCUGUCCUUUACGGAAGAGAUGCAUUAUUUCUUGGACUGUGAAACUGCUUGUUGUCUGGCCCCUAUCUCCACUAAUGGAACUACAUGAAUUGUCACAUUUUGCUUCCGUGGGCACAAAGACAAUAUGAAAAAGAUUUGAUAUGCCAUGACAACACCAAUCUUAAAUAAUCUUUUGUUCACAUUUUGAAAAUUUACAUCUAUUUGAUCAAUUGAGAAGAGAUGCAGUACCUUUGAAAGGAUAACAACCUGUCCGACAAUGCUUGAGUUUGCCAGAAAAGGGCAUCAAAACUCAGAAUUUUAAAUGACAUUGAAAAUUUUGAAAAUAUAUCAAAUAUAUUCUUUUAUAUCAGCAGUACGCUGUGAUAUAACUGGAAUUUAGAAUUAUGACUUUGUUAUGGUAAUCUUGGAUUGAGGAGGAUGGAGGUAUUUUAAGAGAUUCUGUAGACAUGAGACACUGAAAACAUGCUAUAUGUAAAUUCAUUAAUUCAUUAAUAUGAGUUGAGACCGGUUCUGUACUGUCUUACAGAUCUGCUUUCCAUAUCUUAUCCAGUUUUGAAAACCGUUCAUUUCAAAAUUAAGGCUAAAAGACUGAAUUGUUUACUUUUAAAAGUGAUAUUAUCAUACAUUUUUCCAUUGGCCUUUUAGUAUGGCCUUUUUUAUGUAAAAACCAAGUAAUUAAUCUGGUCUUGACUGAACUGAAAGUAAGUAUCAAUUUUGAAAUAGUUCUUCUUGAAGACAGUCAAAGGCAAGUCUUUCAUGUUAAUAUCGUUUGAUCAGUGCAAGUUGUAUCAUCUGAUCCCCAUAUUAAUCAGAAACAGAUUCACGAAUCCAUAUUUUCUGUGAAGGAAACAUUGUGUAAUAUCUAAUUUCAUAGUCAAAAGAGUAUGGACCAAAAUACUGCUCUAUCAGUCAGUAUGAUUCAAAAUGAUUGCAAGUAGCACCUUUGUGAUGUGUGCCUUUGUGUCAUCUUCAGUCUAGAAUAUUUUCAACAGAACAGAAAGAAUACUGUAAAUAUAUUGUAUAUAGUCCAUGUACUGUUUAUAGUCCAUAUUUAUUGCCCUAAGAGAAAAUUGUAAGUGUUUGUGCCCAGUUUCACAAAGCAAUCUUGGCGCUAUGACUGUUGUAUAUCUAUGUUCAAGUGAGAUGAUAGUCCAGGCACAGCAAUCUCCUUGAGAAGUGGAGCCCUUCCUUUCCGCCAGCGUGUGUAAGAUGUGUGUGCAACAUCUUUAUGACUUAGUUGCAUAUUAUGAUUAUAUUCAGUUGACGACAAUAAAACAUGACAUAAUGAACUCUAUGAUCAUAUGCAUUUUUCAGAACUGUAUACCCACACGGUAUGGAGGUUGUAAGAUGAUAUGACUGUUAUGUGUAGAUGUAGAUUAUAAUAUUUAGUGAGCCUUCAGUUUAGAUCAGUGUAAAAUGUGUGAGAGCUAUCUGGGCUUGUCUGCUUUAGAAAGCUACAACAUUGUUUCUAAAAUGCUAAAUGAUUGUAAUCUUAAUAUGACCUUUGUGCGGGAAGCUUGGGCAGAUCUCUCUAUACCUCAGACCCUCAUACUGAUGGUCAAUAGUAACAUAUCCUCAUGCCUACUUCCAAUCAGUUCAUUUUGCAUUCAAGAAAGCGAAGUGGGUUUCAUCCUUUGAGAAUAUAAAACAAUUAUUUGGAAACUUACAGAAUUUUCUUUUUUAAAUUUGAUGUGUUGUUCUUCAUCUUUAUCAAUGCUCAUGUUGUCAUGGUUACAGGAAGAAGAAGAAAAAGGAUAAGUGGUUUACAAUUUACUUAACUAAAAAUACACUUUCAUAGUAAAUGAUGGUAUUCCUGUACACAGACCUGACUUUGUAAAACUGCUAAUGAGCAUUUCGAUCAGUGAUCAGUUACAUUGAUAUUUGUUUAACUUUUGUCCAUCACUAUAUGCUACAUUUGAAGACUGAAAGUGACAUCACAACAGUUUAAAUUACUGAUAUUUGCUUCAACAAAUGUCUAUUCAAAAUAAAUAUAUGACCCAACAGGAGAAAAGGGACCUUAUUGGUGCUAGGAUACCAUUGUGCUGUGACGUCAUAAAGAAAAACGUUUGACGUCAAUUUUCCCCGUAUAUAUCGCCAUAUGUGUGGACGGUACAUUAAUGUCAUAUUUUUCUUUGGUCAGUUUGUAAUGUAAUAAAAACAUCAUUUCAAAACAUUUCAGCAUACAUGUCUACUUUCAAUUAAUCAGGCAUUAUGUCUAAAAACUGAAAUAAUUACAUAAGCAGUUAUAAAACUGAAAAUGGGACUUUGCAGAAAAUGAGUCCAAAUGUUUGAUGACAUGUAUCUCUGUGAUAAAUAUUAAUUGAAUGUUAUGAAUUAUAUUUUUGUGGUCCUAGGAUACUGUGGUUUUAAAAGAUAAUAAGAAGUCAAAAUGUGAUUUUUCACCCAUAAGGUCUCUUAUCUCAUGGUUGGUCCCAUGUGUUACUCAUGGAAAGACCUAAUUACCAACUUUUUCUAUCAGCCCUUUAUUUUCUUCCAAAUCAAAAUUUGCCAUUAUCCAACCCUGUCUAUUUAGGCCUUUCUGGUCUGUGAAACACUGAAGCCCCAUGACGUGCUGUAGUUGUGUCAGAGACACAUGGAGGAAUGCUACAGUGAAAUUUCCCCGUUUGUAUGAAUGAAAAGCUUGCCAAUGGUGGAUUGUUCAGGUAUCUUUGCUCAAAUUGUUGCUGUAUUCCAUCAACAUGGAAAGCUAUGUCUGUACAUCAUUCUGUUUCUUCAUUUAGUUUUGAAGUAUUUGUGUUGCUGCCAGAUUUAUUUAGAAAUAAUGAAUGAAUGUAUGUCCUUAACUUCAAUAUUUGGCACUUAAUUUGUCCUUUUUAUCUUUGAUUUCUUCAUCACAAUGGUGGGGGUGGUCGGGUAGCCUAGUGGUUAAAGCGUUCGCUCAUCACUCCGAAAACCCGGGUUCGAUUCCCGAUGUGGGUACAAUGUGUGAAGCCCAUUUCUGGUGUCCCAAUUGCUGGAAUAUUGCUAAAAGCGGCGUAAACCAUACUCACUCACUCACUCAUCACCAUGGUUUGUAAACAUUUAAGUUUAUCUUUCAAGUUGGUAUAGAAUGACAGUGUUCUUUAACAGAUUUUUAAAAUGUUAAUCUGAGAGAUAACAACCAUGACCCUACCCUGGUAUAUGGUGUAGGGAGUAGUAGACAUCUCUCUCCUCCUCCUCCCCCACCCCCCCUCAACAAUAUGGCAGCUGUGUUAGUUGACCUGUUCAAGAUCAGCCUUGGAUCAAGCAGUCCAGUCUGAACCUUGAACCACUGACAUGGCUGGUGUAAUGUAACACACUUGUGCAUCAUCGCAAAGUUGAUCUCCUAUUGACUCCUACCAGAGUCUUGUCGAAACAUCUCGAGGGCUUGGGUGGCCUAUUCAUCUAAGACGCUGCAAUCAACUGUUCAGAGUUGCAUCUCAAAGAUGUGCCAGAAACCCAUGAUCUUGGGAGAGAAUUCCCCUCCCUUCUGUUUGUGUUUCUAGGUUUGUCCAUAUCUGUGCUUCGGGGAUUCUAAUACCUUAAAAGGCAUAAGAUGCGACUGACGGGAUCAGGUGAUAUUGCUUGCUGAUUUGGUCAUUACAUCUCAGUUGCGUAGAUCGAAGCUCAUGAUGUCAAUCACUGGACUGUCUGGUCUGAGGUAUUGCCGAGUGCAGUCUUAAGCAGCAAACCAACAAAAAUUCUGGAUUCUUACUUAGUGGUACAGGUUUGAGACCUUUCUUCCACAGCAAGCUGAUGGGGCGGUUGAGUAGCCUUGUGGUUAAAGUGUUUGCUCGUCACACCGAAGACCCAGGUUCGAUUCCCGAGACGGGUACAAUGUGUGAAGCCCAUUUCUGGUGUCCCCUGCCAUGAUAUUGCUGGAAUAUUGCUCAAAGCGGCAUAAAACCAUACUCACUCACAUCAGGCUGACAUGCUGUGAUAUAACUGAAAUACUGUUGAAAGCUGCAUAAAACCCAUUAAACUCACUCACUCACUCUCUCAGACAUUUUGACAACUCAAUGCACAUGUUAAUCACAAUGGAGAUUGUUUGAUGUGACAAGCAGGAACUGCUCCUUUUGUUGAAAACAAUGUAGUCUCUACAUCUGUUGGAGACAGCCACUGGGUGACAGCAUGAACAACAAUCAAUCCUGUCUGGGCACAAUGACACACAGUCAGCCAGGUCACAAACACACAAUCCUAUUAUAAACAGAUCCUACAACAAACAGUUAUUGAGGGUGUUUCUCUUCUGGAACCCCCACGGGACAUUGCAAGCCACAACUCAGAAUAUGAAACAGAAUGUAUUGUAAAGGUUUACAUCAUUUACCCCAGGUAACACUAUCCCUGAUACUGAUUGUAAGUGACAACUGUGGAUGUGCAGGAAGGAAACAUUGUGAAGUUGUCCCAUGCUGUGCUGACAAAUGGCACCGGUUUUAAGUACUCAUUUGUACUAGGUUAUGUUACUUUAUGUUACUAUGCUGUUGUAUAUGAUUUAUCGUUAUGUGCAUUAUUAAAGUGAAGAAUAGCUGGAAAA